AUGGUGCCACCUGCUCCUGCCAUGCCCCCAGCAGCGCUCAUGUCCUCACUUGUCCCCGCAUCCCCCGCGGCGUCUAAGGCCACGGGCGGCGGAGCCUUCGAGGGAUCCUACCCUAGCGCCGCCACCUUCUCCCUCGGGAUCCCUCCCGGUCACCUCGAUUCACCCAGCCAGCGCCGCCUCCUCCUCAAUUUCAGCGCCACCCAACCAAAUCACGCCCAGCCGAGCGCCUCCUCCUUCCUCUACCAGCUCGAUCUUCCCCAUCCCGCGCCCGAGCUCCUUCUCCUCAUCGAGCCGAGGCUCCCUCCAGCCGGAGGAAAGCACCACGCCACGGCCUCCCCAAGCUCUGCUUCACCCCCGCCUUGGGUCCAUGAGGAGAUGACCAUGCCGGCCGCCCUUCCCCAUCUCGAUCGGAUCCAGGACCCUACCUUCUCCAGCCACCUCUCCGCGGUCAUGGCUCCGCUGGAGGUUCCCUACCCCGAGCCUCUGCCACGACCAGCACCUGACCAGCAGGUCGCCAGCACGCCCGAUGCCUCCUCCUUGCGCAUGCCUGGCCGCGCCACCGGACCCCGCAGGUCGCCAUGCCCUGCCAUCUCCGUCUCUCUCUUCUUCCUUUCCCUGUUCUCCCCUCUGAAUGUUCUGUCUUCUUCUUCAGACAACAGCACCAUAGCCGCCCGUCAAGUUCGUGCCCCGGCCCUGAUCUGGACCGGAUCUCCUCUGCUCUGCCGCCUAGCUGCCGAAUCCGCCCCGUUCUGGUCGGUUCCCACCAACCCCGGCGCCAGGACCUUCGGUGAUUCCGCCUUGUGCAUCGCCAUGAACCUGCAUCUGCCUCUGUUCUUCAGUAACGAGAAGGAGCAGCUCGCUCACCUCGCGUUGACCACGGCCGGGCCACAUCUCGCGCCGCUCGGCCUAGCGCCAACUUCUGCGACCUCCUUCGCCUGA